AUGGCUGAUACCGUGGGCAAGACUAUUACGUGCAAGGCCGCUGUUGCGUGGGAGGCAGGCAAGGACCUCAGCAUCGAGGAUAUCGAGGUCGCGCCCCCAAAGGCUCAUGAGGUUCGCAUCCAGAUCUACUACACUGGAGUUUGCCACACAGAUGCGUACACGCUUUCCGGCAAGGACCCCGAGGGCGCGUUCCCUAUCGUGCUUGGUCACGAGGGAGCCGGUAUUGUUGAGUCAAUCGGUGAGGGCGUCACCAAUGUGAAGCCCGGCGACCACGUCGUCGCUCUCUAUCGCCUGCGCGGCCUCUCUGCUGUCCCCUUGCCCCCUUUACCCAGCUCAUCUCAGGCUAAUGUCCAUCUCCUGCUUCACAGCACGCCAGAAUGCAAGGAGUGCAAGUUCUGCAAGUCGGGCAAGACGAACCUGUGCGGAAAGAUCCGAGCAACACAAGGCAAGGGUGUCAUGCCUGAUGGCACCUCCCGGUUCAAGUGCAAGGGCAAGGACCUGCUUCACUUCAUGGGCACCUCGACCUUCUCCCAGUACACCGUCGUAGCAGACAUCUCCGUCGUCGCCGUCCAGCAAGAUGCUCCCAUGGACCGCACCUGCCUGCUGGGCUGCGGUAUCACGACCGGUUACGGUGCCGCGAGAAUUACCGCCAACGUCGAGGAGGGCUCCAACAUUGCCGUCUUCGGCGCAGGCUGCGUCGGCCUCUCGGUGGUGCAGGGUGCAGUUGUCCAGAAGGCUGGCAAGAUCAUCGUUGUCGAUGUGAACCCCAGCAAGGAGGAAUGGUCCAAGAAGUUCGGCGCCACUGACUUUGUCAACCCGACCCAGCUCAAGGACCAGACCAUCCAGGAGAAGCUCAUUGAGAUGACCGAUGGCGGUUGCGACUACACCUUUGACUGCACCGGUAACGUCGGUGUCAUGAGAGCAGCGCUCGAGGCCUGCCACAAGGGUUGGGGCCAGAGCAUCAUCAUUGGUGUCGCCGCCGCCGGCCAAGAGAUCAACACUCGCCCAUUCCAAUUGGUCACCGGCCGUGUCUGGAAGGGAUGCGCCUUUGGUGGUGUCAAGGGCCGCUCUCAACUGCCGGGUCUCGUGACGGACUACCUCGAGGGUAGACUGAAGGUCGACGAGUUCAUCACUCACAGGAAGACCCUCCCGGAGAUCAACCCGGCAUUCGAAGCGAUGAAGGCUGGCGAUUGCAUUCGGUGCGUGGUGGACAUGAAGAACCUGUAA